GCCGUUUAAGGCAUGUGCUGCAGUCACACGGGAGGGACUGGUAAGAUAGCUCAGCAAUUAAAGAGUAUUGGCCUCGUACCGAGACCCGCCAACAUGGGCUGCGUUCGCACCAAGACCGUGAAGAAGGCGGCCCGGGUCAUCAUCGAGAAGUACUACACGCGCCUGGGUAAUGACUUCCACACCAACAAGCACGUGUGCGAGGAGAUCGCCAUUAUCCCCAGCAAGAAGCUUCGGAACAAGAUAGCCGGCUACGUCAAGCAUCUGAUGAAGCGGAUUCAGAGAGGGCCUGUGAGAGGCAGCUCUAUCAAGUUGCAGGAAGAAGAGAGAGAGAGGAGAGAUAACUACGUUCCUGAGGUCUCAGCCCUAGACCACGAGAUCAUUGAGGUGGAUCCCGACACCAAGGAGAUGCUGACGCUUCCGGGCUUGGGCAGUCUCUCUAACCUUCAGGUCACUCAGCCUACGGUUGGCAUGAAUUUCAAAACACCACGUGGAGCUGUUUAAUCUGUUAUGCCAUAUUUUCAAUAAACCUGAAAACAA